GGAGUGAGAAGUAGGGGUAGCCAGGGUGGGGAAGAUAGAAGGCAUCCUAGAGAAGCCGAGAAGGUUGGGGGCAAACCUCACUGGGUGUGAUGUCACUGCCCUUCCCCGAUUUCAGUCAUCCAUCUCUGAAAUAUAGAUGGCAAGACUGGAUAAUCUGAAGGCUCUUCCUGGAAGCCUCUCCUCUCCUCUUUUCUUGCAGAUGAUGUCUCAGUGGAUAUCCUGCCUGAGGAGGACAGACAAAUGGACAUGCAUCCUGCACCCAGGGCUUCCCUCCUGGGCUAUACAGCUCAGGACCGGCCGAGGAACCAUGUCCCCAACCAUGGCUGCUUUCUUCUGUCUUGGGCUGUGUCUGGGCCAGGUGAUACAGGCUCAGAAAGGCCUGCUGCCCAAGCCCUCCCUCCAGGCCCGGCCCGGCUCCCUUGUGCCCCUGGGGAAGCCGGUGACCAUCAGCUGUCAGGGCCCUCCAGGCGCGGACUUGUACCGCCUGGAGGAACUGAUAUCCCGGAAGUAUUUGGACCAGGCGGAGCUCUCCAUCUCGGCCAUGGAACAACGCUUCGUCGGACGCUACCGCUGCUCCUAUCAGAGCGGGACCACCUGGUCUCCCCCCAGCAACCAGCUGGAGCUGGUUGCUACUGGAGUUUUCACCAAGCCCUCGCUCUCAGCCCAGCCCAGCACGGCAGUGGCCCCAGGAGCGGACGUAACUCUACGGUGUCACAGCCAGUAUGGUUUUGACCAAUUUGCUCUGUACAAGGAGGGGGACACUGGGCCCUACAAGACACCUGAAAGGUGGUACCAGGCUGAUUUUCCCAUCACCACGGUGACUGCUGCCCACAGUGGGACCUACCAGUGCUACAGCUUUUCCAGCACAUCUCCAUACCUGUGGUCGGCCCCCAGCGACCCCCUGGAGCUCGUGGUCACAGGGACCUCUUUUACCCCCAGCUGGUUGCCUACAGAACCACCUUCCUCUGUGACAGAAUUCUCAGAAGCCUCCAAGAAACUGAACCACUCGCUCGUGAACGAAGUUGCCACCACUGAAACUUCUAGGAAUAUCACCAUCCUUCCAAAGGAGUCAGACCCUCCAACUGGUCUUGCCUUCCAGUAUUACACUAGGAGCAAUCUGGUCCGGAUAUGCCUUGGGGCCGUGGUUCUAAUACUCCUGGUGGGGCUUCUGGCAGAAGAUUGGCACAGCCGAAAGAAACCCCUGAUGCACCGGGUCAGAGCUGUCCACAGGCCACUCCCACCCCUCCCUCAGACCCAGAAGUCACACAGUUGUCAGGAUGGGGGUCGACCAGAUGAUCAUAACUGAGGAUACCAUCAUUAGAAUCCCAAGGCUUGGUUGUAUCUAAGAGAUAGGUCAUGGGAGCGGGGAGGGGACUUGGUGUGGAGUGUGAGAGUAAAAGGAUAGAGCCUACAGCUGUGGAAAAGGAGGGUGGCGGGGGGGGGUGUUCUUCUUGGGGCCCCAUCAAGGAGUUGAGUCAGUGUCUAUUUGGCUGUAUGUCCUAGGACUCUCUUUGUUUGGGAUGGAAGGAAUCUAGUGGAUGCCAUAGACUCCUCACUGAUAUCUUGCUCAUUGUGGACCUUGUGGCACCUCACCUGGGCCAUCACACUUAUCUCUUUCUUCAACCUUCCCUAAUACGAGUUUCAGAUCGACUUCUAAUAUUCCCACCUCUCACAGUUGACCUGUUCUAUCCUUUGCACAAAACUCUCCCACGUUUCCCCCGUGCACACCCCGUGCUUUUUUUUCUUUUCUUUUUUUUUUAACUGGAGUAUAGUUGAUGUACAAUGUUGUGUUAGUUUCUGGUGUACAGCAAAGUGAAUCAGUUCUGUGCUUUUUUUUCCUGAUUAUCCCCUUGCUCUAGCCCUAUCUUAAGCUGUAGUCUGAAAAAUCUCCUUUUGUUUCUCGAGAUGUGCCUGGUUCUUUCAGGCUUUGGGGCAUUCUGUUCUUUCCCCUUAGAAUAUAAUAAUAAUUAUAACCAACAUGCCA